CGCAUGCGCAGCUCCGCGUGUACGCGCCUCAGGAUGGCCCGCACUAUGGAACCACUGGCAAAGAAGAUCUUUAAAGGAGUUUUAGUAGCUGAACUUGUGGGCAUUUUUGGAGCCUAUUUUUUGUUUAAAAAGAUGAACACAAGCCAAGAUUUCAGGCAAACAAUGAGCAAGAAAUUUCCCUUCAUCUUAGAAGUUUAUUACAAAUCCAUUGAACAGUCUGGAAUAUAUGGAAUUAGAGAGCAAGAUCAAGAAAAAUGGCUGAACAGCAAAAAUUAGAAAUUUGACCAUCGAUCAAGGUUUACCCUGUUUCAUAGUAUCAGGCAAGAUUAAAAUUCCAAAGUUGACGUGGAUGGAUUUUAGAAUAUUUAAGGUUAAAUACAGGGAAGAAACUGAUGGAAGGUUUGUUUAUUAUGUUAUAAAUGGAAUUUUAUUUAUACUACUCAAAAUAAAGUUGUUCUCCUUAAAAAAAAAAUAA